CAUCGUUACCAAGGUGCUUCUCAAAAGGUAUCUAUAAAAGAGAUGGAAUUUUACAAGAAAUAUUUAUGGAAAAGCCAGUUUCUUAAUCCUUCUGAUAAGAUACCAACUGGAAUCCAGAAUAAAAUACCUUUGUGUAAUUUAUUAGCUGGAAUUUUAAUAAGGGAAUGCACAAGAAAUUAUUCACUUAAGUUUUUCAACAUUCCUUUUGAUUGGCUUAAGUUAAUAAUUUCAAAUAUAAUUAUUAAAAAAGAUGUUAAUUGGGAUUCUGAAAGAUGGAACAGUUUUAGAUUUUGGUUUAAUCUUAAUAAUCAUCAUGUGAAAGGAAAUAUUGAAGGAUCUGGACUACUUAAAUAUCUUUUAAGGAAAAAAUGGGAUAUACUUCUUAGAGAUUUUUCUUUUAAGAUUGAAGAUGGGAUUAUUAAAAUUGAAGAUAAUUUAACUGUUCCAGAAUUGGAAUUAAAGAAUUCAGCAAAAUCAAAAUAUAGAUUAACAAGACAAGAUAAUCAAUUAGUAAAAAGUGCAUACUGUUUU